GCUUUAAAUUCACUCCUCCCACAAGUCAUAGAACUUUAUAUAGGCAAGUGAGUGCUGACUUCCUGUUAUUCCUUCGAAGGCACCAGAAAUAAACAGAGUGUGGUUGGCCAGCAGAGUGGAAGCAAUGGAUCCUAAACAUCAGCGUGUGGCAUUAAACGAUGGUCACUCCAUUCCUGUACUUGGACUUGGCACCUAUGCACCCGAUGCGGUUCCUAAGAGUGAGGCUGGGGAGGCCACCAAAAUAGCUAUAGAUGUUGGUUAUCGCCAUAUUGAUUCUUCUCAUGCAUACCAAAAUGAAGAGGAAGUGGGUCUGGGCAUCCGAAGCAAGAUUGCAGAUGGCACUGUGAAGAGAGAAGACAUAUUCUACACUUCAAAGCUUUGGUGCACUUUCUUUCGACCGGAGCUGGUUCGAACAGGCUUGGAGCAAUCACUGAAAAAACUUCAACUGGACUAUGUUGAUCUGUACCUUAUGCAUUUCCCAGUAGCUAUGAAGCCUGGGAAGGAGCUAUACCCAAAAGAUGAACAAGGAAAAAUAAUAUAUGACAUAGUGGAUAUCUGUGCCACUUGGGAGGCCUUGGAAAAGUGCAAGGAUGCAGGAUUGGCCAAGUCCAUCGGGGUGUCCAACUUCAACCGCAGGCAGUUGGAGAUGAUUCUGAAGAAGCCAGGGCUCAAGUACAAGCCUGUCUGCAACCAGGUGGAAUGCCAUCCGUAUCUCAAUCAGAGCAAACUGCUAGAUUUCUGCAAGUCCAAAGACAUUGUUCUGGUUGCCUAUGGUGCUCUGGGAUCAAGUCGAGAUCCAAAAUGGGUGGACCAAAGCUACCCAGUUCUCCUGGAAGAUCCAGUCAUCUGUGCCCUGGCAAAAAAGCACCAGCGAAGUCCAGCCCUGAUUGCCCUUCGCUACCAGCUGCAGCGUGGGGUUGUGGUCCUGGCCAAGAGUUUCAUAGAGAAGGAGAUCAAAGAGAACAUUCAGAUGUUUGAAUUUCAAUUGUCUUCAGAGGACAUGGAAACUCUGGAUGGCCUGAACAAAAAUCUUCGCUAUUAUCCAGCUGAUAUUGUGGCUGAACACCCAAAUUACCCAUUUUCUGAUGAAUAUUAACGUGGAGACCUUUUUCAUGAUUCUACUACAAGUUCUACCACAUGUGUCAUGGGACAGGAGACACCUCAGAUGCUGGUGACUGGGCAACUCUCUUCUGGUUAAUCUAUGCUGCUUAGCAACUGACCCUCAGCUAGAGCUGUAUCCAUGGGGUAUAAAGUCAUGGCUACAACUUUUGUCAUUAUUGAAAAUAAAACAAUCUUGUUGUAUUAAAGAUUUUUACCUACCACUGA